AUGACUCACUAAUUAAACUUUUAGUAUGUUUAAACAUUGUUUGGGUUAUGCCGUUUUGGGCCUCAGUUUCUAGAAAAAACCAGAGAACGUCCGGACUCCGAACCCUUCGCCGACUAGAAAGAAGUGUUGAAGAACUUCAGUUCCAUUUCGAUCUUCAUGGUACCAAUCGUCAGGAAUAUUUCAGUGUGUAACAGACGAUAUCUCCUCCGGCUCGUAGCUGUCGCUGCUGCCGGGUCGGGACUGUUGUAUUCAAAGAGCGACUCAAAUGCCAGAGCAACUGUAUCUUUGAAAGUUCUGGUGCCACAGCGGGAAUCAUUAUGGUUGCCAAGGCAAAUUACACAAGACGCAUUUCCUCGCCCUUCAUUUCUUUCAUCAGAUCCCUGGCAACUUGGACUGCUUCCGUUAUUUUCUUCUAGAAUUGGUUCGGUUCCGUCAUCAGAUUCGGAUAUAAAGAAAGAAGCCUCUGAGGCAGUUAGAGAUGACCCCAAACCAUGUUGCAAUUGUUUGGGUAGAGAUACUAUUGCAAAUGCAGCUGCUAGAACCGGCCCUGCCGUGGUCAAUCUCUCAGUUCCACAGGGUUUCUAUGGGCUUUCUACUGGAAAAAGUAUAGGGUCGGGAACUAUAAUUGAUAAGGAUGGUACAAUUUUAACUUGUGCUCAUGUUGUCGUUGAUUUUCAAGGAAUGCGGGGCUUAUCCAAGGGGAAGAUUGAUGUGACUUUGCAAGAUGGUAGGACAUUUGAGGGUACUGUUGUGAAUGCUGAUUUACCUUCCGAUAUUGCAAUUGUGAAGAUUCAUUCUAAAACCCCACUCCCAACUGCAAAACUUGGCUCUUCAAGGGAGCUCCGUCCUGGGGAUUGGGUUGUUGCCAUGGGCUGUCCGCUUUCACUUCAGAAUACCGUCACAGCUGGUAUUGUAAGUUGUGUUGAUCGCAAAAGCAGUGACUUGGGCCUUGGUGGAAUGCAGAGAGAGUAUUUACAAACAGACUGCGCGAUUAAUGGAGGAAAUUCUGGAGGGCCCCUUGUCAAUAUUGAUGGAGAAGUAGUUGGUGUAAAUAUUAUGAAAGUGCUUGCUGCUGAUGGAUUGGGUUUUGCUGUACCAAUCGAUUCAGUCUCUAAAAUUAUUGAGCAUUUCAAGAAAAGUGGAAGGGUUGUUCGGCCUUGGCUUGGAUUGAAAAUGGUUGAUCUUAACGAUAUGAUUAUUAGUCAGCUUAAACAAAGAGACGCCACAUUCCCAAAUGUUAAUAAGGGAAUUCUUGUACCUAUGGUUACUCCUGGAUCUCCUGCUGAUCGAGCUGGGUUCCAUCCAGGUGAUAUCGUUAUUGAACUUGAUGGGAAGCCUGUUGCAAGCAUCAAGGAGAUUAUUGAGAUAAUGGGAGACAGAGUUGGAGUACCUUUAAAGGUACUUGUGAAAAGAGGUAAUGAUAGUUUGGUGACACUGACUGUAAUCCCAGAAGAUUCCAAUCCUGAUAUGUGAAAUAUAUUUCUUUCAAGAACAUUGUCUUUUGAUCAUAUAUAAUAUAGAUAUAUAGUUUUUUGUACUGUGAUUUUAAAAGUUGUAAAACAGCCAGUGAAUUUCAUUGUUCAAUUUUCAAGUCUUUAGUUUUCCUCACA